AUGCUUGUUCCGCAUAACACACCCUUUAAAUCAGCAACAAUCGUUAAGCGCGGCCGAGGCCGUUUAAGAAAUCCUUUAUCCGCUUUAGCUAUCGCUGCUGCUGCAGCUGCGGCGGCGGCGGCGGCUAUACUUCGCACUCUUACUUCCGAACCUUCGCCUUUUCUUUUAGACUUUCUUAUUAAGCGCUUGCUUAUACCGACGACCGUUAAAGCUUUAAACAAUUGCACUGCUGCUUCUAUCGCUACUAAUACCGCUUUCGAUAACUUCCUCGCUUUAAAUGCUGCCUUUUUAAGAAGUGCUGCUAGUAGUCCGAGCGGUCUAGCGAGUAGAAGUAAAGGUUUUAAAAGUAGUCUCGAUAGCCUUGCAGAUUUUGCUUUUGCUCUUAAGACUUUUAAUUUAAAUAUAGCUUUUGUUAAAUUAAAUGGUCUUAUAGCAGCGAACCGUGGUCCGGUGACGCGGAACGCUUCGAGCAUAUCACCUUUUCCAGCCCUUGCGCUUGCGCUAGCCGCCUUUGUUGCUUCCGUCGCCCUCGCUGCUCCCGUCGCCCUCGCAACUCCCGUCGCUUCCGUCGCACUUAUUAUCGUCGCUCCUUUUGCGCUAAUUGUUACGCUUGCCGCUCUUACGAUAGCGCUCGCCGUUGCUAUGACUCUUACGAAGCGCCGAGCUAAAGUAAAAAGAUUGCUAAGAGCUCUAGUUGAUCUGUUGUUAUAA